UUCUGGUACCUCUGCUGUUGCAGGUAGUGCCCUCAUAAGAAAAGGGAGGCAGACAGCUGAGCCCAUAAACUCCUCAAACAUCCUGGUUUAGUCUUUGGGAACCCAGCCCUUAGCUGAGACGUUAUGGUAGCUCUUAGGCCCUCAAGGCCACCUAAAUUAAGGUCUGUCCAGCAGGACAGGGCAUCUCAAUUAGGCUCUUAUCUACUUCAAUUAAAAAGAUGGCUUCAGGGGGGGAGUGAAAGAGGCUUGUCAGGACACCUUUUGGUUUCAGAGAUGAUGUUUGUGCACUACUUUCAUUUGUUUGUUUAUUUAUAUAUGAAAAUGAUGAAACCUUAUUUGGAAGUCCUCAUUGCUUCCAUCCUAUUCAAUGUUUUUGCAGUUAUUGACUUACUCUACUUCUGUUUUCUGCCACUUGUGUGGUUGCAUUUUUUUUUUUCCAUGAGGGAAAUGCUCCAGUUUGAAAAACUGUAAGAGGGUAUCUACUGGAGAGUUAAGCUGAGGUAUUUACUCUUUAUUAUGCGUACUUCAUUAUUCAUUCUAUCUUUCCCAGGGGUUGUACCAAGAAGCAUUAAUACAAUUUGAAAAAAUCAAGGAUACAGAUUUUCAAGCAAUGUAUCAGCUUGGCGUAAUGCAUUACGAUGGACUAGGCACUAAUGAAGACCCUGAAAAGGGAGUGGAAUACAUGAAGAAAAUACUCAACUCUGAUUCCUCAAAAGCAAGACAUUUGAAGUUUGCCGCUGCGUACAAUCUUGGCAGAGCUUAUUAUGAAGGUUGUGGUGUUAAGCAUUCAACUGAAGAGGCUGAAAGGUUAUGGCUUAUUGCCGCAGACCAUGGGAAUCCAAAAGCAAGCGUAAAGGCCCAGAGUACUUUAGGAAUGCUUUACUCCAUGUCAGCUCUAAAAGAUCUGAGGAAGUCCUUUUUCUGGCAUUCAGAAGCAUGCGGCAAUGGAAGUCUGGAAUCACAGGGUGUGCUUGGUGUUAUGUAUCUCUAUGGACAAGGUAUACGUCAGAACACUAAGGCUGCUUUGGAGUGCCUGAAAGGAGCAGCAGAACGUGGAAACAUCUAUGCUCAAGGUCAUCUUGUGGAAUAUUAUUACAAUAGAAAGUUCUACUCAACAGCUGCUACAAUAGCCAUGAGGACUACAGAAAAUGACGACAUAGAUAUGCUAGCAAAGACGACUGAUUGUCUUCCAACCUACAUAGCCAAAGGGGUCGCCAUGGCUGCUUUCUACUUGGCUAGAUGCCUCCAUCUUGGCCGAGGUGUACAGCAAGACCAAGCUGCUGCUAAAAAAUAUUAUUCUAUGGUAAGCUAGCAAAGUCUCACAGACUAAUUUAUAGCUCCUGAGAUCGAGUGAUGCCUUGGAUUUGAGCCUUUAAACUUGCUGUUUGGUUAUAUUAAAGGCUCCAACAUAAAUAACGUUAACAAUCCAUGCAAGAAAACGAAGAGCGAUAAAUUUAUAUUGAAAACUACUAAAAAUAGUCUUGAAGGGCACUGCCUGCACACUUGCUUAAGUAAAACAAUUCAUUCUACCAAAUUUAAAAAUUCACUGUCAGUCACCACAAUGAAGAGCUUGCAAAAUACAUUACUUAAAUUAUUUGAAUAAUUUUCUCUCUGAUUGAUUUGCUGUCAUUCAAACUGAAAAAAAUAUAUUUUUUCCUCUCUACUUCAGAAUCUCUAACAAUUAGUACCUUCAUUAAUGAUAUUUAAAUCAGUCUGUUUUUCAUGCUUAUUUUCACAUUUACAUUUUUACUGAUAGUUGAGGAUCUACUAUUACUGGUAUGUAGAAGAAAAAUAGGUUACAUUUUUUAAAGUGCUGAAGUUGAAGUAAGAUUUAUUGCCUGAAGAAAAAGAUUAAUCGUGGCCUUUAAGAAACUAACAAGCAAACAAAAUACUAAAUUACAUUAGAGAUGCCUAAAAGUACAGGCAGGGAAAUAUGAUUAUGCCCUCUGAAGGGAAUGUAGGAGCAUGGAUGCAGUCUUGCUAAGAUUCUCUAUGAUCUCUGUGCAGAGAUCAUUUGUUUCCUUAAUUAAAAUACUUCAAGGCCCAGCGUGGCGCGGUCCAACUAAAUGGAGAAUUAUGCAAAUGAUAAGCUAUCAGCUGACAAGUUUUGUGGCUCUUUACUCAGGAAAGCCCACAGCAGAAGAUACUUAGCAGAACAGGUGAUCCUGUGGAGGAAUUCAUGCACUUUAAAUACGUUGUUUCUCUGCUGUAAAAAGUGUUGCAGAGGAUAGGAUGAGGAAAUCAGGAACAGAAUAUCAGGUGGGGUGGCAUGAGCACUGCAGCCAGUAGUCCUAGGUAAGACUUAAGGCAUGGAGGAAAUAUGUCAGGAUUCCAUUCCUGCAUGGCUUCAUGCGAGUAUAAUCCCAUCUUCUGUCUAGGCUAGUGUUACCAACAGAACUGACCAAAAUUCACAACUUUCACUCAUCAUUCGGUAGCAAUACAUUUGAGACUGACAUAGAUAUGUCACUAACUUCUUAGUAGAAAAGGAAAUUAUUGCUGUUGACUGAUGCCAUGCAUCGCUACAGCUACAACUCUAGAGGAGGGACAGACCAAGUAAAGAAGGAAAGUACCUGAAGGGGUAAUGUUAGAACAAGUAGAAGACAAGUAGUGGGUGUGUUCAGUUUCUUUUGUGCCCAGUGAAUAAUGUUGUUAAUUUUACAAUUGUACUAAUUUAAAAUGAAAACUGGUUGCUUUUUUAAAUAACUGACCAGCUGCAGUUUUGAAAGAUUCAAGGAAGAGAUUAUGGGUGUGCAAGAGGGUACUGGCAUAAAUAAUGGAAGUGAACGAAAACAACUCAAUCUGUAAGUAGAUUUCUGCUUUCAGUUUUUGGCUGUGGUGCCCACACAUGCCACAGCAACAAAUAUUACAAAAAAAAAAUUUUUGAAACCAAACCUAACACGGCAGUAGAUUAUGCUAAUUUUAAAGAACUGAAUUUUUCUGUUACUAGAAACGGGGACUUCAUGCUGAAUAUAUUAUCUUUAGUAUCUUAAGAAGUAGAUUAUCUCUGAUGUCUACAAAACUUAAAAGACCUUACCAGUGUUGUAUUUGGCAAUGUAUAAUUUUAUUUUACCUAUAAACCAGAACUCUCUAUUCUUUGUUUUCAAAGGCGUGCCUUCUGGAUCCUGAUGUUGCUUCUGAUCUUGAACUGAAAGCUAAUCUUGGGAGAAUUUAGUGCUUCCUUUAGUUAUGGCUGA